UCCAUCGUCUUCGUCUCGGAGCUUUUUUUUUUUUUUUUUUUCAUUCUCCAUUUUUGUUCCUCAUUUUCCAGAAACUACUCGCAAAUGCGAAGCCUCAUCUUCUCUCUCCUCGUUCUCUCUCUCUUCCCCAUCUCUCUCUACGCUCGUUCCGUCCUCCUCGUGCUUCAGGAUGAUCUCAAGGACUCUCCGCCCGAAGAAAACCCUAACGAUCCCACUCACAAUGACCCGCCUGAGUGGGACGAGUUCGGCGAUUCCGAUCCCCACAAGUCCGACGAGGAGCUCGAUCCCGGCUCGUGGCGGCCGAUCUUUGAGCCCGACUCUUCCUCGGCCGAGCCGGUGUCCGAGUCCGACUCGCUCUACUACUCGGGCGUUUUGAAGAUGGUCAGAGCGGUGAGCUCCGGCGAAGAAUUGGUCAUGGAAGAGGGCGCUGCGGAGAUCGAGACCGCCGCCGCGUCCGGCCAUCCCCACGCCCGAUCAGUGCUUGCGUUACUCCACAGCACGGGACAGGUGAGGGAGAAGAACAAGGGAAAGGCAUUCGUGUAUCAUCACUUCGCCGCCGAGGGGGGUAAUAUGCAGUCUAAGAUGUCCCUUGCUUAUACUUACUUCAAACAAGAUAUGUAUGAAAAAGCAGUGAAACUUUAUUCGGAAUUAGCUGAAGUCGCAGUCAAUAGCUUCUUGAUUUCGAAGGAUUCGCCGGUGAUUGAACCGGUGAGGAUUCACAAUGGGGCGGAGGAGAAUAAGGAGGCUUUGAGGAAGUCUCGAGGGGAAGAGGAUGAGGACUUUCAGAUUUUGGAAUACCAGGCGCAGAAAGGGAAUGCUGGGGCCAUGUAUAGGAUUGGUCUUUUCUACUAUUUUGGAUUAAGAGGUUUGAGACGUGACCAUAAGAAAGCACUGGUGUGGUUUUUGAAGGCUGUGGAGAAGGGUGAGCCGAGGGCAAUGGAGCUCCUGGGCGAGAUAUAUGCCAGGGGAGCUGGGGUGGAAAGGAACUACACCAAAGCUGUGGAGUGGCUCACACUUGCAUCAAACCAGCAGCUCUAUUCUGCUUACAACGGAAUGGGUUAUCUGUAUGUCAAGGGUUAUGGAGUAGAAAAGAAAAAUUACACCAAGGCAAAAGAGUAUUUUGAAAAGGCUGCUGAGAAUGAUGAAGCUGGCGGGCAUUAUAACUUGGGAGUAAUGUAUUUCAAAGGGAUUGGGGUAAAGAGGGAUGUGAAAACUGCUUGUCAAUAUUUCCUAUAUGCUGCCAAUGCUGGUCAACCAAAGGCAUUCUACCAGCUAGCAAAGAUGUUUCAUAUGGGUGUUGGGCUCAAGAAGGAUCUCGUUAUGGCAACUGCAUUAUAUAAACUUGUGGCAGAGCGAGGGCCAUGGAGUUCCUUGUCUAGAUGGGCACUGGAAUCAUACUUGAAAGGGGACGUUGGUAAGGCAUUAUUCUUGUAUUCAAGGAUGGCUGACCUAGGUUAUGAGGUAGCACAAAGUAAUGCCGCAUGGAUUCUCGAUAAGUAUGGAGAACAGAGCUUGUGCAUGGGAGAGGCUGGAUUUUGCACCGAUGCAGAAAGGCACCACCGUGCACAUUUUCUGUGGUGGCAAGCUUCUGAACAGGGCAAUGAGCAUGCUGCUUUGCUGAUUGGUGAUGCAUUUUAUUAUGGUCGUGGUACCGAGAGAGAUUAUGAACGCGCAGCAGAUGCUUACUUGCAUGCCAAGGCACAAGCUAAUGCACAAGCCAUGUUUAAUCUUGGUUACAUGUAUGAGCAUGGUCAAGGGCUACCUUUAGAUCUUCAUUUGGCGAAGAGAUACUAUGACCAAGCACUAGUGGUUGAUCGUAAUGCAAAGUUGCCUGUCACACUGGCACUCAUGAGCCUUUGGAUUCGUAAAAACUAUGCCAAUAGUUUCCUGGUUCACUUCAUCGAUUCAUUGCCCGAAGCCUUUCCAAAAGUGGAAGAAUGGGUGGAGAAUGUGCUCUUAGAGGAGGGAAAUACAACUAUUCUGACUCUUUUCGUCUGUCUUCUUACCGUUUUGUAUCUUCGCGAGAGACAACGCCGGCAGGCCGUUGUUGCUGGAGGAGAUAUUCCCGAACCGCACCGCCCCGACGACCACAUAGAACCUGUACCUAAUUGAUGUAGUUUCAAAACUACGAGGGCUGUCUCAACUCAACUAAGGUACCCAGUUAAAGACACUCUCUCUUCAAUACUUUGAUGUACAGGUCCUUACUGUGACUCUAGAUUAGAAUUUUAUCUAUGUUCUUAAAAGUUUACAUUUUAUUGUACCAUAGAGAAGUUGGAACUAGGAUAAAUUGAAUAUGAAAUUUUUGUUUUUAGUAAUUAUUGUAGAUUUUUUAUCACAUGCCAAAUUCAAGACUGAGAUCUUUAUUAUUGACUCGUUACUUGAGAGAGCUGUGAAUUCUGGUAAAUGGUCCUUUGUUUAUUCAAUUGUUAAUUGGGCUGUGCUGAUUUAAAUA